AUGGAGGAAAUUGCGAUUGCUGAUAAUCAACACGUCGACGACUGUGCCCAGAUCUUCGAAGCUACUCAUAGCCGCACUGCAGACGGCCGUUACAUUGUCCACCUAGCUCUUCGACAAAAUGUACCCAAACUUGGUGACUCAUAUGCACUGGCUGCACGCCAAUUCGGUAGACUAGAGCGUCGCUUGGUAGUGGAUCCCGGCCUUAGGGAAAACUAUGUGGCAUUCAUGCGGGAGUACGAAGCACUCGGACAUAUGGAGCGAGUCGAACCAUCGUAUCCCCAUAGCAAUUGCUACUAUAUUCCUCACCAUGCGGUUACCACCAAAUUCCGCGUGGUGUUCAAUGCUUCGGCGCCGACCAGCACGGGAGUCUCCUUAAACGAUAUUCAACUGGUGGGCCCAGCGCUUCAGGACUCGCUUAGCAGCAUACUUCUUCGUUUCCGACGUCUUCGAGUGGCGAUAACUGCCGACAUCGAGAAAAUGUUUAGGCAAGUGUUAGUUGCGCCGGAGCAUCGAGACUAUCAGAGGAUUAUUUGGCGCGAGUCCCCGGCCGACGACAUUGGCAUAUAUCGAUUGAAGACCAUUACAUAUGGCAUGGCAUGCAGUCCAUAUAACGCAGUGCGCACGUUGCAGCAAUGCGCUUAUGAUAAUUACGGUUCGGUUCCGGAUAGACGGCAGGCGGUCCUCGCUCGAGAUGCAAUUCUAACCUCGUUUUACGUCGAUGAUUUCCUCACCAGUUGUGAGAGCGCUACCGAUGCAGUGGAACUGGCUAGAAACGUAGAUACUAUUUUAUCCGCGGGCAAAUUUACGCUAAGAAAAUGGAACUCCAACGAUGGCCAGGUGAUGAGCUACUUAUCUAAUGAAUCGUCUCUUUCCAGUUAUACCUUCCAUUCUGGUGUGGCUUCCGUCUUAGGCCUAAGAUGGGACGCAGUGACGGAUCAGCUAUUUUUCCAAGUCGACCUAGACCAAUCAUCCGAGGCUCCCACGAAGAGGCGAGUACUUAGCGAGGUGGCGCGUCUCUUUGAUCCCGCUGGGUUAUUAUCACCUGUCGUUGUAACUGGAAAGCUGUUCAUCCAGAGGAUGUGGGCUGCGGCGCUAUCGUUGGACUCACCACUACCUGACGAUCUUCGCAACGGAUGGCUCGAGUACCGCUCCAAGCUGGAGGGGCUCAAUAAGAUCCGCAUCGACCGUUGGAUGGGCAUGAUUCAACGUGUUCAGACAACGUUGCACGGCUUUUGCGAUGCCAGCUCACAAGCAUAUGCUGCCGUUAUCUAUACGAAGACCGUCGACGUAGGCAAUGUUGCACACAUCUCACUUCUGACCGCACGCACGAAGGUGGCACCUCUGAAGGGCGCCACUAUACCCCGCCUGGAACUGUCGGCAGCACUACUGUUGGCUGAAACUAUUCAGAAUGUUCGGGACUCACUGGGCUUAAUGGAUGCUCCAUACUAUUUGUGGUCGGACUCGGCGAUCGUUUUGUGCUGGUUGAAGAAGCAUCCAACAACACUUAAGCCGUUCAUAUCCAACCGG